GCGGAUUACAAGAGUUCUCCAAUCUUAAUGCCAGGUACUUAAGAAUGGAAGAAAACAGCAGGCAGGCCUCUGGUCCCACGGCCUUGCCUGGAGGCUUUAUCCCUUCAAAUGUUGGACAAGGUACUGCAACGGGACCUUUCGUAAGCCAGGAAUCAUCGAUGGUAAACUAUUCACACACUUCUCCUCCACCAUAUCAAAUACAUUCAGAGCCAGUUGAAUUUCUGGAUCUUGAAUAUUCGAGAAGCUCUCCUUUUAACACAGUAGAACCUCAAAAUUCAGGCGUGCAGGUUUCAUUCGCUAAUUCAGGUCUUGAAGUAAAUCCAUAUGAACAACCAGUCUUGUAUAAAUUAAUAUCUAAUGUUCCAGGACAGCAAUCAACACCAUUCCCAACGAGGAUUACUUUGACUUCAUCACAAGCACUGUUUAAUUCAACAGAAUAUCUAACUAAUCUUUCCAAUCCAGAAUCCAAAACACAAAGAUUCUCAGGUACACCAACACUUACGUCUAGUGACGAAAAGUCUACUGAAGGACUUACUGCUCGUCUUUUAGACAAUGACACCAAUCCAUCUUCCCUUACAAGAGGAUUGUCGGAUGUAGCGUCUUCUCAAAACGAUACAAGCGUGGAUUUAGUUGGAUAUAGACCUUGGAAAGAAGUUGAAGGGAAGAGACAAACAGUCAAUGAAUCACGAAAGUUUGUUGAAGAUUCCAAGCAGGUUGACAGACCCCCAAGUGCUUGUCAGGAAGACACACUGAGGAGGCCUAGUAGUCGUACGCUGGUAGGGCUAGAAGUGCAAAGCCAAGUCAGGAGUGAUCUAGUCUCUCCUGGAGAAACUACUGGAUCUCCUUCGAGACCUCCCUCCCAUUUUUCUUCAGGACCAUCUCCUAGACCAAACAGUACAGAUCAGCCUGAAAUUAAAUCUCCACACAAACACAUGCCUGUACUAAUUGAAAAGGAAAGUUAUCACUCGUUUCUGCCACAGUCUCAGGUUAUGGUUCAGCCAAAUACUUCCAUUGCAGAAUUAAAUAACCUGUCUCUGACAUACUAUGGUCGUGCCAAUACGCCAUUUGAAAUAGCACAAGCUCAUACGUCUCAGUUACAACAAACACAGCAAAAGCACCUUAAUAGUGGCAACUUUAUAUUUUUUGAUAGCAAACACUUUGAAAGAGAGCCAGAAUCUUCCACACCUGAUAGUAGAGAAACAAUUCAAGAUUCUUUCCAAGUGCCUUCGGUUUCAUCUACCACACCUCGACAGGUUAUUUCGCCAAUGUCGAUGGUAUCAGUACCGCUCCAAGUGACUCAGAUGGAAGCCGUCCACCUUAGUGGGCAUCAGUCUGUGCCUCAAGUUUCAGAAACAACAGAUAAACCUAAAAAGAAACGAAAAAGGUGCGGUGAUUGUCCAGGUUGCAUGAAAAAAGAAAACUGUGGAGGAUGUGGUCCAUGUAAAAGUGUUCGAAGUCACCAAAUUUGUAAGCUCAGAAAGUGUGACCAGCUGAAGACAAAGAAAGAAAAGGCUUCCAGCAUAACAAGUAGUACCAACAUUUUGAAAGAUAACCGUAGUACUUGUUCAGGAAGGUCAAUGAAAGGAUCUGGACAGAAGAAAAACGCUCGAAAUGCACCUAUUUUUACGGGUCAAGACGGACCUAGCCCACAAGAAACUAUACUAGCUUCUCAAACAGGUCAAGUUUAUACACCUUCUGAAUUUAAUAUAAUACAACAAGACUCGACCCUACCAUCAGGAACAGUUCAGCUCUAUGGGCCAAAUUCAGAAUACAGCAAUUUCCUUCCAGAACAUCAUCAGCCUCUGCCUUCUUUUAAUGGCCAGAUGGAUCCAAAUAACAGUGCUAUGCUACUGGAGCAAGAGACACCCAAUAUUUCAGUAAGGCAUCAGAUAAUGAACAAUCGUUUAAAGUCUCUUAUCCAAAGUCGUCAGACUCAAAAAGAACAGGUUGGAGUGACUGGGCAAUUACGUGGAUCUGACCAGUUCCAGAUGGGUUCAGAAGAUUCAGUGAGCCUCCUAGAUCAUCAAGUUCUUCUACCUUCUAUUCCUGGGGUUCCAAUUAUGUCAAGGGAACCAGAACUUCUUGAUCCAGCCCAACAGAUCAGCUAUAUUAUGUCCAUGCCAAAUUCAAACCCAGUUGCUUCAGGAGCAAUAAGAGUGAUUAAUCCCCAGGAGAGUGAAUUUAUGAAAGGAUGGCAUAUGGGCAUGGAAGAACAGUUAGGUGAAACAGAGCAAAACUCCAUUUUGCAAGGUGACAUUAAAGGUGAAAGUCAAGUAGCACAAAUGAUGGUUCAACUUGGAAGAUUUCUUGGUACCCAAGAAAAUCACCAAAAUUUAGGAAAUGAGAUAUUUUUUAGUGGUACUAGUACCUCUGAUAAUACAGAUCAAGGAAAUAAAUUGGUGAUUACAGACCAGAACUUUAGUCUUGUGAAUAAAGAAAACCUCUUCAGCAAUUCUAGACAAUCAUCCAAGUCUCAAGCUCAACAAUCACUUGAUUUUCCAGGCCCUUCAGAAUCCCAGUGUCGUCAGGUUCCAACAAGCUCUUCAUUUACAAACCACAGCUUUCAUUCAUCUACAUUGUCACCCCAAUUGACAUCAACCCAAGUGUCACUCCCUCAAACUACUUUAAGUACAAGUUCAACAAGAAUUUUAGAGAAACCAGAGAGCAGAAGACAGAUGGAUUAUUCAGCUAUUAGCUCUUCUUAUACUGGCUCUUCCUCUGCAACUGGAAAUGAGACUGACAUAGGAGAAAAUCUUGAAUCACAACCUUUUUUAUUGAAUACGACCACAUCUAUGAAUACAUAUACAAGUAUUAUCAAUACAUUUAAUCUUGCUACAUCUGCAUUACAAAUACUGUAUACAUCUGAAGCAUCUAAUCUUUUUCCUGACUCUCUUACUGAUCCAGAUCAAGCAGUGAAAACGGCUGCUAGUAUGUUUUCAGGCUCUGAGAUUAAAAGCUCUUCAAUUCAAACUUCUACCUCUACUGUAAAUCCUUUUCGAAGUGCAUCUUCUAUUUCAGAAGGAAACUCUGUUGUAUCAAACAUGGAUAGUGGUCGGACCCAUGUCACUAAUCAACAGUCGUCCUCUACUGCUGAUCCAAAACACCUUCCAGCAUCACUUUUAGAGUCUGGUGAUGAAAAUUCUUUUCCUAGGUUGAGCACUUCUACAGGUUUAACUACAGAAGCAUUUGUAUUUACCAAUAUCUCCUCACAGCCUGUGUCAGUUUCUUUACCAAGUUUUCAGGACCAAGACUGGUGGGCAAGGUUAGAGCGUCUAAAGAACAACACUAAAGUGGAAGUUCCAACUUGUGAAUGCCUGGGAACUGAGGAAAGUUUGGAUAAAGCUCCAUACUAUACACAUCUAGGUGCCGGACCAUCCAUUGCAUCCAUUAGACAACUUCUAGAAAAUCGUCUCAAAGAGAGUGGAAAAGCUGUGAGAAUAGAGAAGGUUAUUUAUACGGGAAAAGAAGGAAAGACUUCACAAGGAUGUCCAAUGGCUAAGUGGAUAAUAAGAAGGUCAAGUCCAGAUGAAAAGUUGCUUUCAUUAGUGCGACAUCGAGAAGGUCAUCAGUGCAAAACAGCUUUUAUCAUUAUUGCUAUAGUAGCAUGGGAAGGGGUACCAGCAGAGAUGGCUGAUGAAUUGUAUUCUACUGUUGUACACAAAACGGUAAAUUUUGGAUUGCCAACACAGAGACGUUGUGGCAUGAAUGAACUGAGAAACUGUGCUUGUCAAGGCCUUGACCCAGAAACAUGUGGAGCCUCAUUUUCUUUUGGUUGUUCAUGGAGCAUGUAUUACAAUGGAUGCAAGUUUGCUAGAAGUAAAGUAGUCAGAAAGUUUAAAUUAUCUGAGCAAAAAGAGGAAGAAGAAUUAGAAGACAAAAUCCAAAACCUAGCCACAGAAGUUGCUCCUUUGUACCAAAUGUUAGCUCCUGAAUCAUAUAAUAAUCAAGUGCAGUUUGAAAAAGAAGCCAAAGUUUGUCGAAUUGGUCGUAAGCCAGGAAGACCUUUUUCAGGUGUUACAGCUUGUGUUGACUUCUGCGCUCAUGCUCACAAGGACCUCCAUAAUAUGAAUAAUGGUUGUACAGUGCUGGUUACACUGACUAAACACAGAGGGUGGGACAAACCUCCUGAUGAGCAGCUUCAUGUACUACCUCUGUAUGCACUGGACAGCACAGAUGAGUUUGGAAGUGAGGAAGGACAACUUGCGAAGGUUAAAAAUGGAUCAGUUGAAGUUCUUCAAAAAUACCCAGUUCAGUUGAAGAUAAGAAGUAAUCCACUAGGACCUUGCAAGAUGAGGGGAAGAAAAAAAAAAUGCAAGGCAGAACCUUCAACAGUUUCUUCAUUAAAGGAGAAGAAAAGGAGUCGUGGAAAAGCACAAAAGAAGUCUGAUAGUGUUGUUUUUAAUUCACUGGCAGCAAUGGUUAAUGUAGAAAAGGUAUCAUUUCCAGUUGAUUAUGCCAAGGACAAACAAUUGUUUAAAUCAGCUACUAACAUCCCAAAUUUGUCUUUUAAAAAUUCAUUUCAUAACACUGCCACUUCAUCUGUCCAACAUUCAGCACUUGAGAAUCAACAUAUAUCUGUCAGUACACAAUUUACUCAUAAUACCUCAUCCUUAGUUUACACUGCCACUUCAUCUGUUUUACAUUCAGCACUUGAGAACCAACAUAUAUCUGCCAGUACAAAGUUUACUGAUAACACCUCAUCAUUAGUUGAUCCUGCCACUUCAGUUGUUUUACAUUCAGCACCUAAGGGCCGAUAUAUAUCUACCAGUACAAAGUUCAGAGAUAACCAUUCUAUGUGGGAUAUUAGGGAAAAUGGUCACACCCCCACAAUGAAAUCUUUGAAGGUUGAAAACUCUCAGAAUUUCAACAGAGUCAAAACUGCGUUUUCUACUAAUAAAAGUACUGGUUCUCAACCAGGUAAACCAAAUGAUUACAUUGCUAAGGAAAUAUUGAGUCAGAAUAUAAAGCAGAAUAUAGACAGUCACAAACAUGGUUCUGUAAGGAAGGAUUAUGACCCAUCAGUCAUGGAUACAAUUAAAAAAUCUGAACCUAAAAUUUCAAACGAAAUUGUAAAUUCAAAGAGAGAAGACUUGCAGAAAGUUUUUGAUCAUCCUGCUAGUCUUAUCUGUUCAGCCUUUACGGAUUCAUAUGUAAAGAAAUUUAAGGAUUCCAGUUAUUUUCUUUGUUUACCACAGGAUGGAGAUGUAUGUCAGAACCAAAUAAUAUUGCCUAGUGGCUCUUCACAAAAGAGAACUAUGCCUGAAGUUAAUUACUAUUUGACUACUGAGGAAAAAUUUAAAAAUGAACAUAACCUUUUUUGUGAGCCACCUACAAAACAAUUUGUUCCUUCUGUGACUGCAGCUAAAAUGAAUUCUAAAUCUCAUUAUAAAACUAACCAAUCUUUACAAAAUUCAGUUGAGCAGGUAGUUAGUGAAGACUUGUCCAAAGUUGCCUCUAAAUUAAGCUCUUCCCAGAUGUCUUUUGCUCAUGGAAGUGAUACCAUUACAUUUGACAAUGGUUGUUCAAGUUUAUUCUCUUCAGUUUUAUGCCACCCUAAACCGGAAGAAACUAAAAGUAAACAGCUUGCAAUAAACAAUUUAGUAUCUUCCUCCAAUUAUAUUCAGGGUUCAUUAUCCAAAAUCAGCAAUCCACCCGUAAUCUCUACCCACUACCAAGUUCCAAACAAACAGGGAUCAGAAAGCACUCAUUUUAUUUCUACCCACUUCACUCCUUGUCCAUUUCAACAAGAACCGCUAAAUCUGAAAAACCCUCCAAACAGUGCCCAUGAUCAGUCAAUACAAAAUUCACUUUCUUCCCAUGUUAAAGUUUGUGACUCUAGUCCAAAACGGAUCUUAACCAUGCCUGUUAAUUCUACCUUUACUUCAUCCUUUCCAUAUAGUUUUGUUAAGAACCAAAACUUCGCUGAAAGGGUUAAACACCCUGUUUACAACAACAAAAAAGGUUUGGGUUUCCUUAGUGAUGAACUAGUAAAGCAGGUUUUGCCUCAGGCAUAUAACCUCUCUAAUUCUUCAGUACAGUACACUUAUUCACCAAAUAUUUCUCAUCUACCCAUGAACCACAAAAUAUUUCAAGAACAGUUAGCUGUAACACCAUUAAAUGAUAGGAAUUCUCAGCCUAUAUCUUUAAAAAAUUCACAGGUCUCUCCUACCCAUGAUGAAUUUUUGACUGUAAGCUAUUAUAAUUUACAUGACUCCAACAUUAAAGGUGAACAUCCCUUAAAGUUAACCUCAAACUCAAAACGACCCCAAAUACAUUAUUUGAGGAAAAUUCCAGAUAAAACUGUUAAUAAUCUCAACCUGUGUCCUAAUUCACCCAUAUUAUCUUUCACUUCAGCUGAAGAAAUAUCUUUCUCUCCUAAGCAAACAGUUUACUCCUCAGAUCAUGCUCAAAUUUUAAUGAAAUCGCCCUGUAUGGAACAAAGGUCUCCUCAUUCUUUUAAGCAGGUGAUUUCUCCUGAAAAUUCUCUACAUGUCUCACAUCAAUUUGCUUCACUUUGUGAACAAAGAAAUAGUGUUUCUGCAUCUUCUAAACAAGUAAGCCCUUCUAAAACAAUCCAUGUUUUAACUCAGGACGAAUUGCCCUGUAUGGGAAGAAGAACUCCAUUGUUUGAACAGUUUAAUCCUGAUAGCACUUCUAAAUAUCUCGUGGAUCAAUCCAUCAAACCUUGUGCACAUCAGAAAAGUAUCUCUUCAUCACCUGAUCAAUCUCGUUCUAGCAAAGUUUUAAGUCCAACAAUGUUACAAAGUAUACAGAAUAAUCCUUUCCCACCUUACACAGAACUGUAUAAAUCCCAAACUCUUACUUCUUCCAACAGUGAAACUUCACAUCAACACAGUGCACCACAACAAACAGAAAUGUUCCAAUUUUCUCAACAGGUUUCUCCUCUUAAACUUGAAGGCUGCAAAUUAACAAAAGCAUAUAAUGCAAUAUUGCACCCAACUUUAAAUGAGAUCCCAUCAUCACUCAAUCCAAAACACUACCAAAGGUCACUUCCUUUUAUAUCACAACAGCAAGAAAAUAGUUUAUCAUUAAAACUAGAAUCUCUCCCAGAACCUAAUAACUUAAACAUUCCUUUUCCAUUUCACAAAAAAACAAGAAAGUACCUUGUUCUUCUGAUCCUAAAGCUGAAAAUUCACUUUUAUCACCAAUCACCCAAGAAAGAGGAACAUCAACUCUUAUGCAAAGAAACCCGUCUAUAAAUCCUCAUGGUCAAAAUCUGAUGGAGUCAUCACAAGUGCAGCAAAAACAGGUUUUUUCAUCUUCUGAACAGAAAAAUAAUUCACUAAUAUUGCCAUUUUUAAAGCACAGUGGAAAGUCAUCACCACCAAAUCAGGCAGCUUCUUUUAUUGA